AAAAAAAAAACAUUGAAAGCGUCCCUACCAUUCAGAGCGGCAGCUGUAGCUUCACGGGGAUUUUCAACUCUGCAACAAUGAGCGAGUCACUGGUGGUCUGUGAUGUGGACGAGGAUCUGGUUAAGAAGCUGAAGGAGUUCCGUUUUCGGAAGGAGACCAACAACGCGGCCAUCGUUAUGAAGAUCGAUAAAGACAAGCAGCUCGUUAUCCUGGAGGAAGAACACGAGGAUAUUUCUCCUGACGAUCUAAAGGAUGAGCUGCCGGAGAGACAGCCCAGGUUUAUCGUCUACAGCUACAAGUACCAACACGACGACGGGCGCGUGUCUUAUCCCCUCUGCUUCAUCUUCUCCAGUCCAGUGGGUUGCAGACCAGAGCAGCAGAUGAUGUACGCAGGAAGCAAAAACAAGCUGGUGCAAACUGUUGAACUGACCAAGGUGUUUGAGAUCAGGAACACAGAGGACCUAACAGAGGAGUGGCUCAGAGAGAAACUCGGCUUCUUCCGCUAAAGCCGUGGCCUCAUGCGGAGGUCUGGGAUACGAGGAGGAAACCAGAUUGCACAACUCUCGAAGAGAACACACUACAGUUAUCUCUCCCCUCCUCUCUGUACCGGACCUGGUUUAAAUAGUGUUUGCUAAACUACCGCGCGUGCUCAGUUUUAGGUCUGCUCGUGGAGUUUUGAGUCACGUCUUUACUUCAGAAGGUUCAGACGAUCACAGGGGUCGUAAAAGCUCCUCUGUGACCGUCGGCGCCUCCGGCGGCCUAAAACUGGAAAUGCUAUUUGACGCAGGUCUGCUUCCGUCUCCCGUACAAUCUCUCCAUGUGCCAGAUGUGUGUCUGUGUUGAACUAACACUCCCGUAGCUCGUGAGGUGAACAGAAACCUUAUCAUCCGCCCUUCCGAAGCAUUCAGGGGAAUUUAAAGGCAUUGUACCAACUUUUGUUUCCUUAUAGAGUUUACACGGUGUUUUUGCAACUCUGAACAUCCCGAGUUUCACCUUUUUAUGUUUUAUAUAUAUUUUUUUUCAUUAUUUGAGGGAUUUUUCUGUUUAGAUUUUUCCAGCGUUUGCACGGUUUGUUAAUUUCCUUUUCUUGCGACAGACGAACACAAACGAUCCUCACUACGACCCAGAGAACAACACUAACUUCAGUAAUAGUCGGGCAUUUGAAUGGUAAUUUAGAUACUGUUAUUACUCCAGUCUUAAAAGAACAACAACACUAACGCUCACCUUCGCUUGCACACGUGAACGCGCCGGCAGACGCCCUCGCGCGGCGCUUCACGUCGGCCCGUCUUCGGAUCUUUUUAUCUGUUUAGAGACAAACAGUGAAUGCCUUUGACCUGAAUAUUUGCUCGGACAUUUUUCACUGAAACAUUCCAGACAGGAACGUUUAUACACUAAACCUCCGACGGCCGUGACAGUGAAGGCAACGCUGCACACAGGGCGGCGUUACCUGCCCUCUUUUUAAUCUGCUGGGCCACUGUUUAUAUGCGUCUUUAGACACAUUACAGCUUUUACUGUUAUUAGUGUUUAUGAAUGUUGGCUGCGACGUCUCAAUAUUCCACCUUAAUGUUUAGGCAUCCGGCCCAUUAUAUAUUUUCCAACUUUCGGGAGGCUAGUACCGACAUUUAUGUGCUGAAUGAUGCCAGCGGCUUUUUUUUUUUUUCUUUUUUGUGCCAAGAAAUAUAUGAAUAUCUUCAGCCUGUAAGUGUUUGCACAGUCACACUUUUUUUGUUGCGAUUCCAUCUGUAAUAAUACUCUUUUGUACUGGAGAGAAAAAAAAGAAGAAAACAACAAAAAUGUGUCACUCUCCAAACACUAUUUGGCUUUUUUUUCCCCCCCAUUCCUUAAAAAAUCUCUUACUUGUCUCCUGCUGGAAAUCCUCUAAAACUGCAUCUAAACCAAUGCUGCUUAUACUUAAAGGAUUAGCAGCUCUUUCACAGCAGGAUGUCUGUGCCUAGAGAGUUAAAAGCCACAUAAAGAGUAAAUUCAAAAAUCAGCGAGUAAAAUGAAAUGUGUUUUAGAUGCGACAGGAGAAACUUUAGUUUGUCGGUUUGACCCUAAUAGAGAAAUAACAGGCACAAAUAUGAAUUCCACAUCAUCGCUGUUGUCAUUACUCAGAAACUCUUGUUUUUUAAAGCCUGAAGGCAGCAAAUCACCACAUAAUGUAUGAUGUCAUUCUACUCAGCCUGCCGUACAAAUGCCUUGUCUUAAAUAGUUUUUGUCAUUUAUGUCUGCUUGAACAAUUACGAGGCCAAAAUGAAAACACGACAAAAAAUAUGAUAACUCUAAGUCUUUUUUUUUUCUUUCUUCUUUUUAACGUCGUCCUGGUUAGAAUAAAUAGUAGAUGAAGCUUCUUUCCCCCUGAUCUGACUCAAAGACACGUACGCACAAUCAAACCACUUCAUGUAAAUCAUUUGUUCCGGUCGAAUAUUAGACGGGGACUAAUCAUUGACACGUCAGGACAGGGUUCAAACCGACAGGGACGAUGGGACAUAACUGUAUCAUUCGUUUUUGAUGUCUACUGAUAACACUAAAGAUUCACGCUGUCAGUUUGAUAUUAGACAGUAAUUUGCUGCUGUAGCAGAAAAAAUCAAACCACAACAUGUGUGAUUGUCAUGUUUAUGACGGUUUAUUGUUACUUGGGAUGAUUUUUGUUUUAAGAUGUUUUAUGACAUUUUAGAGCUGCAAACCCCAUUCAAAUAAUAAUAAUAUUAAUAUUAAAAAAUUUUAAAAAAUGCACAUUCAAAGUGAAGUAUUUGACAAAUUCAAGCUCUGGAUCGUGCAAUGUACUGGUUUUUGAUGUGAAUAUAGGAACAUGUUCAUUGGUGAUACAUUUUUAAAACCUCUUAAAUGUGGAAAACUACUGUAAACAUAUGUGCACAGUUUCCAUGGACGUUUCCUCGUUGCAUGAAUUCUUUGAUACACUUUUAACUGCACACGAAAUCUUCAAAACGGUGCAACAUUUGCUUCUCAUGACAUGUGUGUUCCUGAUCUAUCAGUACUUUCUUCUCUGUUCUUGCUUCUCUUCCUGGAAAUGAAUGGAUGUAAUAAACCGUCCGUUCAUUGUGUAUCAGAAUCCCCGCGGAGCUCACUCUGAUCCUGAGUUAUGUGUCUGGUUAUGUGGAUCUAAUAGCUUUUCCCUCCUGUGUGGUAAACUUGUUGUAUAUUUGGAGUCUUUUUUAUUUUAACCUGCAAUCGUGUUGUUCGGCUCUUGUUGUCCUCCUGCGAUUCUAUUUUCUUUCAUUUUUACUAAAAAAACAACUGAAACUUUUGUCAUAACAAGCCGCCUUGUGGCAUCAGUGAAACUUGAGGUAUUUGUAUUUCCCCAUUCUUUAUAAAAGUGUCCGUUGUCCUAUUUGUCCAAAUAAAAUGACAGUGAUGUUUA